AAAUAUGGCCGACCACGGCUUUUGCUAGAUCCACGUUGAAUGAUCCAAAAUAUUUUUUGCAACCGUUCAUGGGCCACAGUGGAAGUAGGUGAAAGGUGAAGAAGAAGACGCCUCCUGCUUUUUCAGCUUCGUUUGUCUUCAAACCUUUCUGUCAUUGUUUAUUUUCACUUGGAGUCAGAAUGCUGCCGAAUACUGGGAAGCUAGCUGGCUGCACGCUCUUCAUUACAGGAGCGAGUCGAGGUAUUGGAAAAGCCAUUGCUCUAAAAGCUGCCAGAGAUGGUGCCAACAUUGUCAUUGCUGCCAAGACGACAGACCCACAUCCCAAGCUGCCUGGAACCAUUUACACAGCUGCUAAGGAAGUGGAGGCAGCAGGAGGAAAAGCGUUGGCAUGUGUGGUGGACAUUCGUAAUGAACAGCAGGUUGGCGAAGCUGUUCAGAAAGCUGUGGACAUGUUUGGAGGUAUUGACAUCCUUGUGAACAAUGCCAGUGCCAUAAGCUUGACAGGAACUCUGGGGACACCCAUGAAGAAGGUGGACCUAAUGCUGGGAAUCAACCUGAGGGGAACCUACCUGACGUCCAAGCUCUGCAUCCCACAUUUACUGAAGAGUCGGAACCCACACAUCCUGAACCUCUCACCACCGCUAAACCUGAACCCUGUAUGGUUCAGAAAUCACACAGCUUAUACAAUGGCAAAAUAUGGCAUGUCAAUGUGUGUCUUGGGAAUGGCUGAAGAAUUCAAAGGUCACAUUGCAGUCAACGCUCUUUGGCCCAAAACCGCCAUUCAGACAGCAGCGAUGGACAUGUUGGGCGGUGAUGGUGUGUCCAAACAGUGCCGGAAGCCUGAAAUUGUGGCUGAUGCUGCCUAUACCAUUCUCUCUCAACCAACUGAAUUUACUGGGCACUUCUUGGUGGACGAGGAUGUCCUAAAAGAUCAUGGUGUACAUGACAUGGAACCCUAUGCUGUCCAACCAGGCCAUCCCCUCCUGCCAGACUUCUUCCUAGAUGAAUCACCAGAAACUCUAGUCCAACAGAUGGAGCAACAUGGGGCAACAUCAGCAUUUAAACCUCCAUCACACGACACCUCCAGAGGACCAAUAGAAAGCACAUUUGAUGUCAUCAGAGGAGUCAUCAGUGCCGAUGUUGUCAAGUCCACACAAGGCGUUUACCAGUUUGACCUGUCAGGAGAACACGAAGGUGUUUGGUUUCUGGAUUUGAAGAGUGGGUCGGGCAGUGCCGGGCAGGGCGAGCCACCAGCCAAAGCAGACGUGGUCAUGAGCAUGGACUCUGCUGACUUCACUAACAUGUUCGCUGGGAAUCUUAAACCCACGAUGGCCUUCAUGUCUGGGAAGCUGCAGAUCAAAGGUGAUAUGAUGCUUGCCAUGAAGCUGGAGAAACUGAUGAAUCGUAUGAACAAGGCCAAACUGUGAUGCUGAAGCUCCACCUCUGAUUUCACCUGCAUAUGUGACCUUAACAACUUCAUUAAGUGACUGACAAAACAGAACAGCUGUAAUUAUUGAUGAAAGAUUGAAGUCAAAGAAAACCUUCAGUCACUAAUAAUCUGCUUUUCUUAAAUGACCUUAAAGUAAAAAAAAAAAAACUUACUGAAAACAAUUUAGUUAAAUUAUGUCAAU